AUGUCUGCUUGGGGCACCGGAGAUAUGGCUGCUGCCUUGCCCGGUGCGACUGAAACACCUGAUGCUGCCGUCGUAGAGCGCAAGAAUCCUCAAGAGGCUGGAUGGGUCGUUGCAAAGAAGUACGACUACGAGACUUACAAUAAGUCCACCAAGGAACAAGCAGAAGCUCGUGUAGCUGCUGCUGCAGAUGCUGCAGAAGCGAGGUCUGACCUAGCAGCCAAUGCAGAUGAUGAUGUCGAGCCUGAGACACUUGCGGUGGGUGGUCUUCUUCCUGGAGAAUGGGCCUCGAGUGGCGCGGUGUACGAGUGGAAUGAGGAAUAUGGUGAUGUUGGCCCUAGAUUUCCCGAUCUCGAGGAUCAGUUGUUUGGCAAGAACAACAACCAUGUUCGUCAAGGCGUCAACUUUGAAAGCAUUACUACUCUCACGGUUACCCAAGAGGGAACCGUCAAGAUUGACCCCAUCCGCAAGUUUGAGGACGCGGGUUUACAUCCCGUUAUGCUUGAAAAUGUAAAGCUUGCUGGUUAUCAUGUCCCAACCCCUAUACAACAGUACUGUCUCCCAGCAGUGAAGAAAGGUCAUGAUGUAGUUGCUUGCGCUCAAACCGGUUCUGGCAAGACUGCUGCUUUCUUGAUUCCAAUCUUGUCAAAGUUGAUGGGUAAGGCUAAGAAGCUUGCCGCACCUCGCCCAAACCCUGCCACCUAUGUGCCAAGUCAAGAUAAUUAUAUUAAGGCUGAGCCAUUGGUCGUCAUCGUUUGCCCAAGUCGUGAGUUGGCAACUCAAAUUUUCGACGAGGCUCGUCGUUUCUGCUAUCGCACUAUGCUUCGACCUUGCGUCGUUUAUGGUGGUGGUCCUCUCGCUGAGCAACUUGGUCAACUUGCUAAGGGGUGUGACCUCCUUAUUGGCACUCCAGGUCGUCUCUGCGACAUGAUUCGCCGUCCUCAUGCUCUAACCCUCAAGCGCCUAAAAUAUAUGGUCAUCGAUGAGGCAGAUGAGAUGUUAGACUCCAGUUGGGAGGAAGAGUUGAGGCAGAUUAUGAGCGGUGGUGAUCAAGAAGAGGGCAACAUCAAUUAUAUGAUGUUUUCUGCUACCUUCCCAAAGAUGGCUCGUGAUAUUGCGAAGGAGCAUCUAGCUCACGAUCAUGUUCGCAUCCGUGUUGGUCGAGCCGGUAGUUCUCACAGCAAUAUCAAGCAGGAUAUCAUCUACGUUGAGGCGGCCAGCAAGCGUAAAGCUCUUUAUGAUCUGCUUCUAUCAAUUCCACCUGCUCGUACCAUCAUAUUCGUCAACACCAAGCGUACCGCCGAUGAAAUCGAUGAUUACUUGUUCAACAAUGAUCUUCCAUGCACGUCUAUUCAUAGUGAUCGUACGCAGCGCGAGCGUGAAGACUCCAUUCGUGCUUUCCGCAAUGGCAGGAUGCCCAUCUUGAUCGCUACUGGCGUUUCUGCUCGUGGCUUAGAUGUCCACAAUAUUAUGCAUGUGAUCAAUUUCGAUCUACCAUCUCAGGCUCAUGGUGGCAUUGAAGAGUAUACUCAUCGAAUUGGUCGCACUGGUCGUAUUGGUAAUAGGGGGCUUGCAAGCUCAUUCUACAAUGAUCGUAAUGAAGAUAUUGCCGAAGCCUUAGUCAAGACAUUGUUGGAAACCCGUCAAGCUGUUCCUGAUUUCCUUGAAUCAUAUCUCCCUGAAGGCUUUACAAUGGAUGGUCAAACCGGUGAUCUCGCUACUCUUAAGUUUGAAGCCGAUUCAGAUGAUGAGGAAGGUGGUGGAAAUGCUGAAGGCGAUGCUAAUGCUGGUGGUGCCUGGGGAACAGAUGAUGCUGCUGCCGGUAGUGGUGGUGAUGGUGGUUGGGGUGCCGCCGAAACUACUAAGGCUGCUCCAGCUGGUGAUGGUUGGGGAGUCCCAGCUGUUGGUGGAUGGUCUUAG